AUGCGGAAUUGUGGAAGACGGUUGGUUGGGAGUGGAACGGGUCAGGUUGGUUGGGUAGGCGCUCGUGAUAUAAUUGUUAAGGCAGACCUGCUCAACUCAGUGGCAGGGCGGCCACGGGCACCUCGUGGUCGUACGUGUCCAGAAGUUUGUCCGCGAGCUCCGUUAUAUUUAAGAGGAUGUGGACGUUGCUCAGUGACAGGGAAAUGGCUUCGAAAAUAUUUUGUUUCUGGCAGCCUGCGUGCCCCGACCGUUGCCACCUCAGCCUUCGAGUCACGGCCGCCGCUACGCCUUCAGCCUCCGUGUACCGAUCAUUACCACCCCAACCUCCGUGUCACGGCAGCCUCCGUGUCACGGCAGCCUCCGUGUCACGACCGCCGUCACCUGUCCAGCCUCCGUGUCAUGACCGCCGCCAACAGUCCAGCCUCCGUGUCCCGACCGUUGCCACCUCUGCAUCUGCAACCCGUCCGCCACCACCCCGCCCUCCGCUUUCCGACCGAGGCCACCCCAGCCUCCGUGUCCCGACCGCCGCCAUCCCAGCCCUCGUCUCCCGACCGCGGUCGCCGUGUUGCGCCGCGCCUGGCCUGGUCGUGUCGCAGCGCGGCGCCCGCUUCUUCGCAAAGCGAGACAGGCCAGCCGCCGCAUUGGCGCGCGCCCGCCGGAAAAUCCCUAAGCGGCGUCGCAUUGUGCUGCUGCUGCUGCUGCGGCGGCGGCGGCGGCGGCGGCGGGGGCGGCGGCGUCACUGACGGCGCGGCGACGGCGGCAGCCGAUGUUCAGUCGCGUCUGCCUCCAUUCGGUGCUGUGUGUUCUCUGCGUUCCAUUCGUGAUUACUGGGCGAGAAAGCUUAAUUCCGGCAUGUUGUUGACUCGGUCAGGUACUUAG